AUGCCUUCUCAAGAUAUCAAGUCUGUCCUUGACACCAAGCCCGUCCAGUUCACCCUCAAGACUGGUGGAGGCAAGUGGAAGUGCACUCUCCACAGCGACCGCCACGCAUACGACAAGCACCGCACUGCCAACCCUGGCAUUACUCGGACCGACUCGGACAUGUCUACCUCGUCCAGCAAGACGACCUCAUCGGCCGGGUCUGUCUCCUCCAGCCACUAA